AUGGGAGACCUUCAACCGACUCGCAGACUCGCCGCGGGAGCGAAGCGGCACCCGGGCCGCUCGCCUUAUCGCCGUUAUCGCGGACCCGGGGGACUGGCUGUCGGCAGUCUCCGCCGCACCAUGGGCUGGAGGCGUCGCUCGAGGGACUCGUCCCGCCAGGAGUCCCGGGGACAGGGGGACGACCGGUCCACGCAGGGGGCGGACAGCCGCGGCGACCCGGACGACGAUGUGGACGCCGAGAACCAGGCCAACGCCGACGGAAACUUCGAGGCGUUGGUGGAUGCUGUGAGGAGAGGAGAUGUCAUCACGCUCAGGAAGAUGUUCAAGGACAACGUGGAUGUGUCUGUGCUCAUGUUCGACGUGGCGCACCGCGAGAACCCCGCCGUGCUGGACGCGCUGCUGCAGCCGGAGAACGACAGCCGCGACAGCACGCGGAUCCGCCAGGCCGUCAAGUACAACCGCGUCAACAGCAUGCGCAGCCUGCUGGAGGCGGGCGUGGCCGAGGCGGCGCCCGACGAGUUCGGCCACACCAUCAUCCAGUACGCCGUCAUCCACAACACGCUGGAGAGCCUGCUGGCGGCGCUGCGCCACGCCACGGACCGCGAGGACGCGUCCGUCACCGUCGUCGACGAGUCCAGCGACUGCGACGAGUCCGAGUCCGUCAUCCGCGUGCGCAACCAGCUGCGCAGGCACAUCCUGCAGACCAACUUCGAGGGCCGCAACGCCUUCCACACGGCGGCCUACCUGGGCGACCUCAGGAACCUGAAGCUGCUGCACGAGGCGUGCGACAGAGACGUGGACCUGGACCAGGCCGACAAGGAGGGCCACACGCCCUUGUCGCUGGCCGUGCGCGCCGGCUACCCGGACUGCGCCAAGUUCCUGGUGCGCAGCGGCGCCAGCCUCAGCCGGCGCUACCCCUGGGGCCAGACCGGCAUGCAGAUGCUGCUGCAGGACUGCCCGCGCGGCCACGAGAUCAUGGAGAAGGUGCUGGACUCGAGCGUGAACGAGGACGGACGCCUGGACUUCUCCGUGCUGGUGGAGCGAGACAGCAGCGCCACGCAGCUCGAGGCGGUGUUCCUCAUGUUCCGCUUCGCGCGGCGCGAACACUGGGACCUGCUGUCGCACCCCGUCGUCGAGUGCCUCAUCGCCACCAAGUGGAGCCAGGUGGCGCCGCUCUUCUGGCUGCGCUUCUUCGCCUACCUGCUGUUCGUCGGCUUCCUCUCCGCCUACGUGGUGGCCACGACGUUGGAGCUGGACGACUUCCUAGUCCUGACGUUCAGGAUCCCCGUGAUCGUGUUCAGCGUGAUCGUGGUGCUGCUGUCCGUGCUGUUCGUGUCCAGCACGCCGCGGCACCUCGUCUUCCGCCUGGGCUCCAUCGUGCUGCGCCUCGCCCCGCCGAUAUGCGGGGUCGCCUACGUGCUCAUCGACGACACAGACGCCACGUGGUCCGACCAGGUCGGCGCCUUCGUGGUGCUCUUCUCGUGGCUGGCGCUGCUCACCAAGUUCGAGGUGUUCCCCAAGAUCAGCCACCAGGCGUACAUGUUCAUCCAGAUCUGCUGCAGCAUGUUCAAGUACCUGCUGGUGUUCGUGUGCCUGUCCGUCGGCUUCUCCCUCAGCUUCUUCAUGCUGAUGAACGACCACCACCACUUCAGGAACCCCUGGCGCGCCUUUCUGUUCACCAACCUGGUGCUGCUGCAAGGGGAGAUGUCCAGCCUCAGGCUGUUCCAGGAGGACCUGCACGAGGACGUCGUAGACUCCAUCGCCGUCGGGAUCCUCUGCCUGCUGUUCAUGCUGCUGAUGGUGAUCGGCGUGCUCAACAUGCUGGUGGGGCUGGCGGUGCGCAGCAGCGACGAGCUCAUCACGGACGGCCACAUCUUCUGCCAGAUGAACAAGGUGGAGACGCUGUACGGGCUGGACCGCUUCCUGCUGCGCCGCAUCUUCCGCGGCUGCAUCUACACCGUGCCGCGCGUCACCAACAUCAGGUACGUGGCCGUGCCCAAGAAGCUGCGGCUGCGGCUGCAGAACCUGCGCAAGAAGCACCGGCGCCACGUCACCGACGAGGACAACGAGAAGGUGCUGUCGCGGCUGGACGACCUGGAGGCGCGGCUGGAGCAGAUCAUGGCAACCCUGGUGGCGCAGCAGAGGGCCUCCCGCUCCAGCGUCAAGACCAUGUAGCAGCUGGUGCCUCUCCUUCUGCUGCUUCGGCGGGCGCUGUUGCCAGAUGUACGCCAGCGACCACACAUGCUUUAGACACGCCUUUGUUAUUCAAUUCCUCCCGCACCAGACCAUGCAGCAGCUGGUGCCUGGGGGCCGAGAUCCAUCAUGAGGACUGUGUGCCUCUCUCUCCAUAGCGUGCAUUGUUGCCAGAUGUACGCCAGCGACCACAAGUGUUUUUAGACACGCCUUUUUUUUGUUAAUUUUUUUUUCCCGCACUAGCAUCAAGGACAUGUAGGCCUUGGGGGCCGAUACCCUACACGAGGACUGCGCCUCUCUGUGGCGCGUUACUUUCUCCUCCUGCUGCUUCGGUGGGCACUGUUGCCAGAUGUACGCCAGUGACAAACAGCUGUUUCAGACACGCCUUUUGUUAUUAAAUGAAUUUCCAAUUUUUUCAUUGAGAUUUCGGAAUGAAAUAUUCUUGCUGUACUUCAUCGAGAGGAUCAUCUGAUAAAAUUUAAAUUUCAAUACAGAGAAGAUGUAACUGAUGCCAUCUUGGUUUAAAUGGUUUUUGUCGAAUUUUUUUUUUUUUUACAAUUUAAUGUCGGCCUUGUUUGAGCGUAGCACGUAAUUUAAUGAGAUUCCUUUGUUAAUAAUAUUGACUGACCUCUACAAAUAGUUUUAACUACAUUGAAUUAUUUUUUUUAUCCUUUCAGAAUGACCGCAACUGCAAUAAUACUGUCAGAAGACCCUAUUUUUGAUAUUAAAAAAAAUAAAAAAAUAAUAUUUUGAAAAAAAAAUUAUAACAAUUCUUAAAAUUAAGAUGGUAAGCCAUAACAUAUUUUUAAUGUUGGUAAGCUGAGAAGUGUCAAUCUGGCGACAGUGGGCGCCAUUUUCUCUUUACUGCAGUCUAAGGGACAAUACAGUAAAACAAUGAUCGGCGCUGCUCUCCAGUCCGCCCUUUCAGCUUGAACCUCCCCCCCCCCCCCUCCUCUGCCUGGACACGACCAGUGAUUCACCACUCUCAUUCAUUCACUGGGUGAAGUGUUGACAUCGAAGAAGUGGAAGAAAUGCAACCUAAAAAAUUAAAUAACUUUUGUACUUUAUAAAGUGAAAAACAUUACGAGUGCAAGAAAACUCUGCAGAUAGAUAUUUGCAUGUCUGAUAUGUGUAAAGAAGCUUGAAAAAAAAAACAAAAUAAUAAAAA